UAUCAUCGUUGUUGUGUUCGGUUGUGCAGCGGAGGAAGGCUGUUUAAUUUCAGAGCAAAGUUGCCUCCCGGAAUAUGCAACAAUUAUCAUAACAUAAAUCUGUGCGUUAGAAUUGUGAAAGUGAGCGAGUGUGAGUGGGUGUGGAGUUCUGUGUUUCGGGAAUAACAAAGCCAACGACAUGGAAAAGCAUAUAAAUUGCGCAUUGUUGUUUUUGGCGUCGCUCUUGUUGUUUUUGCAAGGAGCUAGCGUCAGUGCAGCGAACGCCGCCGAUGUUGUUGCACCCGCCGAAGUUGUUGCAGCUGCACCAGCUCAACCAAACUUAAAUGAUAAAAUCAAAGUGUUCACCGUUGCCACGGAGCCAACCGAUGGAUAUCGCCGUUAUAUACGCUCUGCCCAAGUUUACGAUAUUGAGGUGCAAACCCUCGGCCUGGGCGAGGAAUGGCAAGGCGGUGACAUGAAGGGCCUUGGCGGCGGCUACAAAAUCAAUUUGCUGCGUAAGGCUGUCCAGGAACUCAAGGAUGCUGAGGAUACCAUCAUACUAUUUACGGACAGUUACGAUGUCGUCUUCACAGCUCCGCUUACGGAGAUCUUGGAAAAGUUCAAGGAAUCCGGUGCCAAGGUGCUGUUCUCGGCAGAGAAGUAUUGCUGGCCCGACAAGAGUCUCGCGGAUAGUUAUCCUGCGGUGGGGCCCAAGGAGUCACGCUAUUUGAACUCGGGCGCCUUCAUCGGCUACGCGCCACAGGUGGUUGAGCUGCUGAAGGAGGAAAUCGAGGAUACGGGCGAUGAUCAAUUGUAUUACACGAAAAUCUUCCUGGACGAGGCAAAGCGUGCCAAGCUGAACAUCAAACUGGAUACGCAGUCGCGUCUGUUCCAAAGCCUGAAUGGUGCCCAAAACGAUGUGAAGCUAGAGGUGGAUCUUGACUCUAAUCAAGGCGUGUUGCAAAACAUCGAUUUCCUGACCACGCCCGCCAUUAUCCAUGGCAAUGGGCCGAGCAAAAUCAACUUGAAUGCCUAUUCCAACUAUCUGGCCAAGACUUUCAGUGGCGUCUGCACCUUCUGCCAGGAGUAUCCGCUAGAGCUGAAUGAGCAAGAGCUGCCUAUCAUCACUCUAGCUGUGAUCGUGAAUCAACCUGUGCCUUUCCUUGAUAUGUUCCUGGCUGGCAUCGAGAAGCUCAACUAUCCUAAGAAGUCGAUGCACCUCUUCAUGUACAGCAACGCUGAGCUGCACGAUGAGCUCGUGCAGUCCUAUGUGAAGAACCAGGGCAAGAGCUAUGCCAGCGUCAAGUAUAUCCUAUCCACGGAUGGUUUGACUGAAAGUCAGGGCCGGCAAUUGGCACUUGACAAAGCAAAGCAGAAGAACAGCGACUACAUUUUCUACGUGGACGGCGAUGCGCACAUCGAGGACAGCGAAGUGCUGCGGGAGCUGCUCAGAAUGAACAAGCAAUUUGUGGCGCCGGUGUUCUCCAAAUACCACGAGCUGUGGAGCAACUUUUGGGGCGCGCUCUCCGAGACGGGCUACUAUGCACGCUCCCAUGACUACGUGGACAUUGUCAAGCGGAGUUUGAUCGGCAUGUUCAAUGUUCCACAUGUGACGACAAUCUAUCUGAUCAAAAAGAGCGCCUUCGAUGCCGUCAAAUUCGAGCACAAGGAACUCGACCCUGAUAUGGCCAUGUCUGAUUCUCUGAGAGAUGCGGGCGUCUUCAUGUACGUCAGCAAUGAGCGUUAUUUCGGUCAUCUGAUCAAUGCGGAUAACUUCAACACGACCGUAGCACGUCCCGAUUUCUAUACCCUGUUCAGCAAUCGCUAUGACUGGACCCUGAAGUACAUCCAUCCCAAUUAUUCGACCCAGCUAAACGAGAGCGUGGUCAUUCCACAGCCCUGCCCCGACGUCUAUUGGUUCCAGAUUGUGACCGACGCCUUCUGCGACGAUUUGGUGGCUAUUAUGGAAGCGUAUGGCAAGUGGUCUGAUGGCAGCAAUAGCGAUACGCGAUUGGAGGGUGGCUACGAGGCGGUGCCCACACGUGACAUUCACAUGCGACAAGUGGGACUCGAUGCGCUCUAUCUGAAGUUUUUGCAAAUGUUUGUGCGCCCGCUUCAGGAGCGUGUCUUCAUGGGAUACUUCCAUGAUCCUCCGCGCUCUCUGAUGAACUUCAUGGUGCGCUACAAGCCCGAUGAGCAGCCCUCUCUGCGUCCACAUCACGAUUCGUCGACCUACACAAUCAACAUCGCAAUGAAUCGGGCGGGCAUUGAUUACGAAGGCGGCGGCUGUCGCUUUUUGAGAUACAAUUGCUCUGUGACUGAGACGAAGAAAGGCUGGAUGCUAAUGCAUCCGGGUCGUUUGACUCACUUCCAUGAGGGCCUACUGGUGACCAAGGGCACACGCUAUAUCAUGAUUUCCUUUAUCGAUCCGUAGGCGUUGCUACCAGACGAUGCUACUAUAUGAACUGCCAUGAGAAGGCCACUCCAAAGAAUUUAUAGUUAGUUUAAAGUAAGCAACUCGAAUCAAAUCUAGUUUAGUCUUGGAAUGUGGUCCAUUAAAAUGCCUAAGUUGGUCGUUCGUUUGCCAAAUAUCCUGACAAAACGCAAAGUUUGUCUUCGUAAAUCCAGGGUCUGAAAAAAACUUUAUUAAGCCUUAAGUUUAAUCUAAUUUUUUCGAAUCGUGUUUAAUUCACUAUGCAAAUACAACAAAAAGAUGUACACAAA